AUGCUGGGCCACCUCCAGAAUGCUGGGCCACCUCCAGAAUGCUGGGCCACCUCCAGAAUGCUGGGCCACCUCCAGAAUGCUGGGCCACCUCCAGAAUGCUGGGCCACCUCCAGAAUGCUGGGCCACCUCCAGAAUGCUGGGCCACCUCCAGAAUGCUGGGCCACCUCCAGAAUGCUGGGCCACCUCCAGAAUGCUGGGCCACCUCCAGAAUGCUGGACCACCUCCAGAAUGCUGGACCACCUCCAGAAUGCUGGACCACCUCCAGAAUGCUGGGCCACCUCCAGAAUGCUGGGCCACCUCCACAAUGCUGGGCCACCUCCACAAUGCUGGGCCACCUCCACAAUGCUGGGCCACCUCCACAAUGCUGGGCCACCUCCACAAUGCUGGGCCACCUCCACAAUGCUGGGCCACCUCCACAAUGCUGGGCCACCUCCAGAAUCCUGGGCCACCUCCACAAUGCUGGGCCACCUCCACAAUGCUGGGCCACCUCCACAAUGCUGGGCCACCUCCACAAUGCUGGGCCACCUCCACAAUGCUGGGCCACCUCCUGAAUGCCAAUCUGUCAUCAGAAAACCUGAUUCGCCACGUUUGCCUUCACUGACUUCAUCAGGUCCAUGA